UAACAAGGAGGGAACACAUUCUACGUUCUGGGUGUUGCUGAGUAUCCUUCUGGGAGCAGUGGCCAUGCUGUGCAAAGAGCAAGGGAUCACCGUGCUGGGCUUGAAUGCAGUCUUUGACAUCUUGGUGAUAGGCAAAUUAAAUGUUCUGGAAAUGGUCCAGAAGGUACUACAUAAAGACAAGUCAUUAGAGAACUUUGGCGUGCUCAGGAACAGGGGCCUCCUCUUCAGAAUGACCCUGCUGGCCUCGGGGGGCGCAGGGAUGCUCUACGUGCGCUGGAAAAUCAUGGGCACCGGCCCGCCCGCGUUCACCGAGGUGGACAACCCCGCCUCCUUUGCCGACAGCAUGUUGGUCAGGGCCAUAAACUAUAAUUACUACUAUUCACUGAACGCUUGGCUGCUGCUGUGUCCCUGGUGGCUGUGUUUUGAUUGGUCAAUGGGCUGUGUCCCCCUCAUUAAGUCAGUCGGCGACUGGAGGGUAACUGCACCAGCCGCUCUCUGGUUGUGCCUAAUUGGCCUAAUAUGCCAAGCCCUGUGUUCUGAAGACAGCCACAAAAGAAGGAUCCUUACACUGGGCCUGGGAUUUCUCAUUAUCCCAUUUCUUCCUGCAAGUAACUUGUUCUUCCGAGUGGGCUUUGUGGUUGCAGAGAGAGUCCUCUACCUCCCCAGUGCUGGGUACUGCCUGCUGCUGACUUUCGGAUUUGGAGCUCUCAGUAAACACACUAAGAAAAAGAAAUUGAUUGCUGGUGUCAUACUGGGAAUCUUAUUCAUAAACAUACUGAGGUGCAUGAUUCGCAGUGGCGAGUGGCGGAAUGAAGAAGAGCUUUUUCGAAGUGCCCUGUCUGUGUGUCCUCUCAAUGCCAAGGUUCACUACAAUGUUGGCAAGAACCUGGCCGAUAAAGGCAGUCAGACAGCCGCCAUCAGAUAUUACCGGGAAGCUGUGAGACUAAAUCCCAAGUAUGUUCAUGCCAUGAAUAAUCUUGGAAACAUCUUAAAAGAGAGGAAUGAGCUACAGGAAGCGGAAGAGCUGCUCUCGUUAGCUGUACAAAUACAGCCAGACUUUGCUGCCGCGUGGAUGAAUUUAGGCAUAGUUCAGAACAGCCUGAAACGGUUUGAAGCUGCUGAGCAGAGUUACCGGACAGCAAUCAAACACAGAAGGAAGUACCCAGACUGUUACUACAACCUCGGGCGGCUGGUAAGUGUAAAGUAUCCAGAGGCUACAGAAGAAAAGCUUGGUUUUUCCCUUUUUAUAAUAAAAUGGUAG